AUGCGGAGCACCACCGCUCCAAAGGUAUCAUUAGAAGAGUCCCUGUUUUUCCAAGCUAACAGGUUGUGUGGGUCCGGCUGUGCUGACGAAACAGCUGCCGGGCGGCGUGUGAGUUAUCCCUCUGGCUGGCAGGGCGCAUCUGCGCUCGCCGUGGAGAAGAAACACAACCUGCCCUCGGCACGGUGGCACCCGGGGGAGGCCCAGAGGGACGGGCUCUGUCCCAGGGACGGUGCGCUCGGGGCAGUUCAGCCCUGGAAAGGCAGUUUGGUGCUGUGGGGCUGCCUCGGGUGGGUGGGCACGGCGGGCGCUGGCUGGAUGUGUCCCCAAGCCUGGCAGGGAGGCACAGCCGGGACAACAGACCCCCGAGCGUACCCUUGGCUCCACCAUCACCUCCCCGCAGCGGCCAAGAGCGGAGAAGUAGGUUACGGCCACACGAGACCUGGGGAGAUGGGGGUGCGUUCUUGGAAUUCAGCUGGAUUUCAGCAGCCCUUUGGCUCCCGACCAAACUUCCAGCCCGAAGGAGUGACACAACGCGUUGGCUUCCCACCCCGGCUGGCCGGCUCACUCCCUUCCAGGCAAUGCCUGCUGGGCACGGCGUUACGUCAGGCGCUGGCUGCCCUCACCUCCCCUCCAGCCUGGGGUUGGCACCUGCCUGGCACGGCAGCACCCACGGCGGCACCAACCCGCCGUGCCGGAGCAGAGCCAGCGCCCCGUGGAGGGCAGUGCCCACCCCAGGAGCAGGGGCAGCAUCGCGCAACGCACCUCUUGCCAAUUAGAGCCUUGCACGGGCUUCUUAAUGAGCAGGGAGCUCUCUGCCUGGCAGGAAUGCGUGGUUUCUGCGGAUUCGACAGCUCCCGACCCCACCAAGAGCACCGAUGGAGUCCAGACACAGGGCUGCAGGUGCAGCGUUGGCCCAGGAGCAUCCGAUCCCUGGCAUCUUGGAAGCGGAGCGGGAUGGAGCCCGUGGCAUCUCCGCCGUGCGCCCGCGUUGGGUAA